AUGGACGUUGGUCCCGCUCCUGCUGAGAUCAAAGCACCUUCAUCGCGGAAGCGGAGGCGCGUUGAGGACGUCAAGCCUGUUCGUGUCCCAUCGAAGGCAUCCACUCGUAGUAAAACCGCUGACACUCCUGCACCCGCUACCCGAGUUGCAAAACGGCUUCGCCACACUGUUUCUACAGGCCGUGCCCUUGCGGCUCAGCCCGCCACUCGCGUAUUCGCAUUAUGGAGGCAAGAUGGUCAUUACUAUGCAGGCACCGUCCACUCGUUACAGACCGGUACUAAAUAUCUCAUCAAAUUUGACGAUGAGACCGAGGACCAGGUGGAUGUUGUUAUGCUUCGUCGGUGCGAACUGCGGGUCGGAGAUGCUGUGAUCCUUUGCCACGGCAAUCUUCGUGGUACUGUGGUAGAUAUCGGUCAAAUGGAAUCAGGAUCCGUCACUGUCGAAGUUGACGACGGUUCUGACACCACUAGCUCAGAUUACGCCAUUUCGGACGUCCGGAUCGCCUCAAGAGCUAUCCAGUCUCAUUGGAAAGACCGCAUCCUUACUGCAGAUUCCAUCGUCACAAUUAUUCGGCCGAAGCUUCUACGUGCUACGCCCUCACCUUCCGGGAUGUCCUUGAUGAGUGCCACCUCGCUCAAGCAUAAGAAGCCAUUCGCGAAGACCGGUUUCGUUGUGACGCUCACCGUUCGCAUCAAGCACCCCGAGCAAAUGAAGGACAGUGUGAUGCUAGCUAUCAAGCACAAUGGGGGCACAGUCAUUGACGACUGGUCAAGCAUUUUCCCCAUGGAGGGUACCCAUAGCCAGUCAAAUAAACGCUGGGUAGCUUCCCAGGAAAACUUCAAGUUCAAGCCAAAGCCCGAGUUCGAGGGCCUGGAACGUGUUUUCCUCCUGGCCGACGAUUACAACCAGAAGCCCAAAUUUCUGGUGGCUCUCGCUCUUGGGAUACCAUGUCUAUCUAAUGAGUGGAUACGAGAUGAUUAUCUAAAGAAACAAACAUCACCGGACUGGCAACCCGUACUGCUUCCUGCUGGGUUUUCAGAGACAUUGAGCGCUCGCGUAUCUCAACUUGUUGAUUUAGACUGGGGCAACUGCAAAGAGCACUUGACUGAUAUCAUGUCGAAUACAGUAGCAUCCAAGUUAUUCUCUGGCAAGACCAUACUGUGCCUCGGCUCUGAUCUCGUGCCCCUACCGUCACGCGGGGGGAGAAAGGGUGGUUCCGAUGCUACGCAAGACGCGAGCCGAGUCGUUCCUUGGAUUAUGAUUUGCAUGGGAGCUUCUCGGGUGGAAGCCGUGACUGAAGCCAAAUUUGCAUCCAAAGAUCUUCCCGCGUAUGACUAUGUUAUCGUUAAGGAAGCCACAGAUUUUCCUAAAGACCUUCAGGACGACGUAACAUUCGCUCACGUUCCAUGGGUGAAGGAUUGUCUCAUUUCAGGAAGGCUUUUAACCUUGCCCGGUCGUUGA